UUAUAAAAGAAAUUGAUGAGCUAUAAUGUCAGCAGCAUCAAUAGUAUCAGUUUCUUCGUUUGAUUAACGAUUUGAAUGUUGUAACACUGGUUAUUGGAAUAUUUAAACACACAGUUUUAAAGUUCUUUUAUGAAUAAAUCAAAUUAAAGUGUUCUUAGUUAAUAAAGGUGCACAUAAACGGAGUAACGUUCUUUAGGAAUAUUGAUAUAGUAUACCUUGCACAAAAUGCUAGAAAUAACGUGUAAUGAUCGCCUUGGAAAAAAAGUUAGAGUAAAAUGCAAUCCAGAUGAUACAAUAGGUGACUUAAAAAAGUUAAUAGCAGCUCAAACUGGAACCCAUUGGGAAAAGAUUGUUUUAAAGAAGUGGUAUACUAUUUUUAAGGAUCACAUAAAACUUCAAGAUUAUGAAAUUCAUGAUGGUAUGAAUCUAGAACUUUAUUAUCAAUAAUUUAUUAAUAAUAUUAUAUAAAUUAAUGUUAGAUAUAAACAAUAAUAUAACAACAAUAGUAAC